GAGCCGACACCUUUUCUUUAUGUUCAACUGCAAAAACAAGAGUGCUCCGAACAGCAACCCCUCUUUGCCUGAAGAAAAGGGGAGGAAAAAAAGGGAUUGAUAAUUCGAAUCUCCAUCGAAUUAGGUCACUUUGUCACUCGAUUUCCCUCUGAAUCAAUCAGGCUUAAUUAUAUUUUGAUUGUUUUUAGGAUCUCUGGGUCUGCGUUGUUUCUUGUGAAUUUGAAGCUUGUAAAAUCACUGUUUUAUGCCAUGGAAGACACACGGUCGGUUGCAACCCUCAUAGACUCAACAACCUCUAAGAUACAACAGCUUCAGAAAGCAUUUGCUGAACUUGAAAGUCAUCGUGCUGUAACACUAAAUCUAAAAUGGAAAGAACUCGAGGAACAUUUCCAUGGGCUUGAGAAGUCCUUGAAGAGACGCUUCCACGAGUUGGAAGACCAAGACAAGGAGUUCGAGUCAAAAACAAGGAAAGCUCGAGAAAUGUUGCAGAAGCGUGAAGCAGCUGUUGUAGCCAAAGAACAAGCUUCAUUGGUGAGGUUGCAAGAAAAGAGAGAUGCUGCUGUUUUUGCCAUUACUAAUGCACUAGAUAAGCAUAGGAAAUCAUCUGAGGAGCCUGCUGAUGUCAGCUGUGAUGGAGACAGUGGUGAACUGUCAGUUGAGGAGAAACCGCCUGAUUCUGUAGCUUCUGAAAGCAACUCAGAGGAAACAAAAAGUUCUUUUGAGAAUGGAAAUUUCGAGGUUAAAUUGUAUCCCCAGUUGGUAAAACUAUGUGAAGAGAUGGAUUCUAAAGGACUGCAUAAGUUUAUAUCUGAUAAUCGUAAGAACCUUGCUGCCCUGAAGGAGGAAAUUCCAUGGGCGUUGAAAGCUGCCGCAAGCCCAUCUCGCUUGGUCCUGGAAUCUUUGGAAGGGUUUUACUCUUCAGAAGUGCCAAAUGUGGAUGGAAAGAAAGACUCAAAUCUAUUGGGUCUUAGGCGAACCUGUAUCAUGUUGAUGGAAUGUCUUAGCUUUUUGCUAAGUAAUCUGGAUAUGGUUUCUGCUUCUGUAGUCAUCUCUGAAGAUUUUAAGAAGCAAGCAAAGUCGAUUGCUGAGGAAUGGAAACCAAAAUUGGAUGCUCUCGACAUGGAUUCUAGUAAUGGUAACUCUUUGGAGGCUCAUGCUUUCUUGCAACUGCUUGCCACUUUUGGUAUUGCUUCCGACUUCAAUGAGGAAGAACUUUCAAGGCUGAUACCAAUGGUCUCUCGUCGUCGACAAACAGCUGAUCUCUGCCGCUCCCUUGAUUUGUCUGAAAAAAUGCCAGGUGUUGUUGAAGUUCUGGUGAAUAAUGGAAGGCAGAUUGAUGCAGUUAACCUGGCUUUUUCAUUUGAGCUUACAGACCAGUUCUCACCUGUACCUCUACUUAAAUCCUACGUGAAGGAGGCAAGAAAAGCUUCUCCGGCUGUUAAGCCUGGAAAUGCCUCUCCCACUGCACAGAUUGAGGUUAACGAGCGAGAGUUGUCUGCUCUUAAGGCUGUGAUAAAAUGCGUGGAGGAGCACAAUCUUGAGGACCAAUAUCCCAUUGAUCCACUUCAGAAGCGGGUUAUCCUGUUAGAGAAGGCCAAGGCAGACAAGAAGAGGGCAAAUGAAGCUCCUCAACCCAAGAGACCUCGUGCCAAUGGUGCUGGAUAUGGUCCACGAGUCGCUAACAUAGCUACUGACAAAGCAUUCUAUCCUAUAGUCACUGAUAUGUACCCGCAGUAUGUGUACGAGAGACCCUAUGUUUACACUGUACCUUCCGACAACCACGGCAUUCCUGUUCUUGGUUCUGUCACCUACAACUUCCCUCCCAGUCAUGGGAACUACUUUGGAAAUGGCUAUCAGUACCAAGCUCCCUAUCUUCACUAAUUUCCUAAUAUGGCGAAAAGGUAACUGUGAUCCUCUCACAUUAGCUGUUAGCCUUGACCUUCAUCAACGUUACUGUGUAUGAAUGGAUUUAAGUAUUUUAUAAAAACUGGAGGAAAAAAAGAAGAAGCUUGUUAAUUUUAA